CAUCAUCGUGUCAUCUAUGCUCGCUCUCUCCCUUGGAAAGCGAUUCCCAUUCCCCUUCCCAUUUCACAUUCCCCACCCCCUCCCUUCUCGGCUCUCCUUAAUCUCCUCGUCUUCCUCCUCGUCCCCUUUGAUCCCUCGGGGGGAGAAGCGGAGUACGCGAUCGGAGGGGCCAUGGCGAGCGCCGGAGAGUUCGCGGCCUCCGUCGAGGACGGGCUCAAGCUGGCGAAGCGGAUCGGGGCACCGCCGCCGCACCAGGCCCCGCCGCGCCACGCAGCGGGGAUGGAGCGGUCGACGGGGUCGGCGACGAUGCUCCCGGCGGCGCCCAUGGCGUACGCGGUGGUCGCCGACCCCGCGAGCGUCGACAACCCCGACGUCCCCAGCUACCAGCCCCACGUGUACGGGCGCUGCGACCCCCCCGCGCUGAUCCCGCUCCAGCUGAAGGAGAUCGCCCUCGAGGUCGAGUGCCUCCUCGGCGAGGCCUUCGUCGUCGCCCGCGGCCGCUGGUGGGUGCACUGCAUUAUGCGGAACCGCAGCUGCGAUUGCCGCCUCGUCGUCCCCAUGGGCGAGCAGGGCUCAAUACAAGGCAUUGAGGUUAAUGUUGGUAAACGAUCAUAUGCCACUCAAGUGAUAGAGACAGAAGAACAGAGCACAGAGAAGAUCUCAAAAUUUGAAGCUGGGGGCUUUUUAAAGCCCGAUUUAUUUUUCUUGACAAUCCGAGAGGUCGAUGGUGGAUCGGAUAUAUCUUUCACUAUCAGAUGGUCUCAGAAGUUACAGUAUGCUGAUGGGCUGUUCUCCGUUGAUAUACCAUUCAGAUUCCCACAUUAUGUCAAUCCCAUUUCAAAAAUAUUCACAAAAAAGGAGAAAAUUCAGUUGACCUUGAAUAGCGGUACUGGGAAAGAAGUUUUAUUGCAGAGAACAAGCCAUGCCUUCAAGGAAAAAGGUCGCCUAGGCGAAAAGAUGGUUUUCUUGUAUGAAUCACCGGUUGAGAAUUGGUCAGAUCAAGAUAUUCAUUUUUCAUACAGUGUUUAUUCGGGUGAUUUGUUUGGUGGCAUACUGUUGCAAUCGCCACCAUUGCAGGACAUUGAUCAGAGAGAUAUGUUCUGCCUAUUUCUGUACCCAGGAAAUAACCAGAAGAGAAAGGUCUUCCAAAAAGCAGUUGUGUUUAUUGUUGAUACAAGUGGAAGCAUGCAAGGAAAGCCUCUUGAGAAUGUUAGAAGUGCUGUAUCCGCAGCCCUUUUGGAGAUGGGUCAUGGAGAUUCCUUUAACAUUAUAGCUUUCAACGGUGAGCUGCGCUCAUUCUCAUCCUAUUUAGAACCAGCAACUGAGGAAAUGGUAGAAAAUGCCAAACGGUGGAUGAGCACAAAUUUUGUUGCAGAGGGUGGGACAGAAAUUUCACACCCCUUAAAUGAGGCAAUAAGUUUGCUAUCCAGAACUCGAGAUUCACUUCCACAUAUUUUUCUUAUAACUGACGGAGCUGUUGAAGAUGAGCGCAACAUUUGCUCUACUAUGAGAACUCAGCUCACUAGUAGAGGAUCUAUCUCUCCUCGAAUUUCUACUUUUGGCAUAGGUCCCUAUUGCAACCACUACUUCUUGCAAAUGUUGGCAUCAAUUGGCAGAGGGCAAUAUGAUGCUGCAUAUGAUACAGAUUUAAUUGAAAAUCGCAUGCAGCAAUGGUUUAGGAGAUCUUUGAGUACCCUUGUGGCAGAUGUUACAAUUGAUGCCUUCAGUCUUCUUGAUGAAAUUGAGGUUUAUCCAUGCGAUAUCCCAGAUAUUUCAGCACAUUACCCAGUUUUUGUAUCUGGAAGAUACCAAGGCAAGUUUCCAGAUUCUCUUAAAGCUAAAGGCUACUUGGCCGACAUGAGUGAAAUUGCCAUUGAUUUGAAGGUCCAUAAUGCGAAGGAUAUACCUCUUGAGAAAGUUCUUGUGAAGCAACAAAUUGAUCUUCUUACUGCACAGGCAUGGUUUUCUGAAAGCAAGCAACUCGAGAAAAAGGUUUCUAACUUAAGCAUACGAAGUAGCUUUCCUUCCGAGUAUACAUAUAUGAUCCUGUUGCAAACUGACUCAGAAAAGCUGGACACAGAAAAGGAGGUAAAGAAGGGUGAAUCACGAAAGCUCCCAGCGCCCGACGCACGAUUACCAGCACUUGUGCGCGGUGUGAACAUUGGAUUCGGGAAUAUAAUCGCAACAAGGGAGAAUCUUCCGCCGGGAUUCGGAGAGGCGAAGCCGCCCGAGACCUUUGAAAUUAUAAACAAAGCCGUCAACUGCUGUGGCAGCCUUGCGGACAGCUGCUGCUGCAUGUGCUGCAUCAAAACUUGUUCGAAGAUAAAUGAUCAGUGCUUUCUGGCAAUCACGCAGCUCUGCGCAGCUCUCUCUUGUCUUGCCUGCUUCGAGUGCUGCUCGGAACUUUGUUGCAGCGGUUCCGACUAAUUCUAUUUUGCUUUUUUUUUUGUGUUAUUUGUGUGUAUAUAGAGUGACAUGGUCAAUGCUCCUUGGUGUACUUUUAUAGUGCUCUCUUCUCUUAUUAUCUGUAAAGAGUGUGUUUGUGUGUAUUUCUUUUAACAGUACGUAAUGUUACUCCAUAGUAAACCAGCCGAAGGAGAGAUCUUUCAUUUUCAUUA